UUCCAGAAGGAAGGAAGAGACGUGAAUGUUUCAGGUCCUGCACGUUUAUUGAACCGAUUUCGGGCCUCAAGGACCGAGGGGAUGGCGUUAAUUUAGAGUGGGAGCGGAGAUGCGCCGCCGCCCGUAAACCUCACCGGCCCCCAUCCGAGCUCUCCAGGGAGCCCGCCGCCGUCCGCCAUGUCCAAGUACAAACUCGUCAUGUUAAGGCACGGGGAAGGAGCUUGGAAUAAAGAGAAUCGCUUUUGCAGCUGGGUGGAUCAGAAGCUCAACGGCGACGGCAUCAAGGAGGCCCAGAACUGUGGGAAACAACUCCGGGCCCUGAACUUUGAGUUCGACCUGGUGUUCACCUCGGUCCUCAACCGGUCCAUCCACACGGCCUGGCUGGUGUUGGAGGAGAUGGGGCAAGAGUGGGUCCCCGUGGAGAGCUCCUGGCGUCUGAACGAGCGCCACUACGGGGCCCUGAUCGGCCUCAACAGGGAGAAGAUGGCACUGAACCACGGCGAGGAGCAGGUGAGGAUCUGGAGGAGAAGCUACGACGUGACCCCGCCUCCCAUCGACGAAUCCCACCCGUACUAUCACGAGAUCUACAAUGACCGCCGGUAUAAAUGCUGCGACGUGUCGCCCGAUAAACUGCCCCGCUCCGAAAGCCUGAAGGAGGUGUUGGAUAGACUCCUGCCCUAUUGGACUGAGAGGAUCGCACCCGCGCUGAAAAGCGGCAAAUCCAUUCUCAUCUCCGCUCAUGGAAACAGCAGCAGGGCACUGCUGAAGCAUCUGGAAGGCAUCUCAGAUGACGACAUCAUCAACCUGACUCUUCCUACCGGCGUGCCCAUCCUCCUGGAACUGGACGAAAACCUGCGUGCCGUCGGCCCUCACCAGUUCCUGGGCGACCAAGAGGCCAUCCAGGCGGCCAUAAAGAAAGUGGAAGAUCAGGGGAAGGUUAAACGAGCGGAAAAAUAAAUCACACACACACACACACACACACACACACACACACACACAAGCUCUGGGCUUGGAGUGCUUUGCAGGCGCUGAAUCUCUUGUGAACUUGCAGUUGCUUUAAAAGUGAAUCCAGUAUUGAAGUUAGAGGGCCUCCUCAUUGAGCGUAGAUAAAGGGCCCAGCCUCUUCUCUCAGCGGAGGUGUUUUCGGAGUUGGAAGUUGAAGUGUGAAUCUAUUUAUAGCGUUUGCCCGCUAGUUCCUGUGUGAUCCAUCACCCAGCUGGUCGUCACCAGAGGAGCCCAGCUGUUAAUUCAGGAGCUGAGAGAGGAGCAUGUGGUGGUUGGGAGGGCUGGGGGUGUCCACAGGCCAAAGGUGAGGUGUUUGGGCCAAGAAGCAAGAGGAAAGUUUGUAUUUUGCCUUGUUAAGGUAUUGUUAAAUUUUCACAACUAUUAAAUGCUGGCCCCAGUUGCACUAAGCGGUAUUAUUAGAUAAUGCACUAGUCUUAAAAUCAUUUUUCUUAUUAGGUUUUUUUUCUCCCUUAAAGGGUAUUCUGGUGGUAUUUAAGACCGAUGGUCUUCUGAAGGAGGAGGUCUAAAGUUGUCUGUGUUUUUCCCGAAACAAUGCCCCCUGGUUUGAAAUGGAUUCGGCCCCAAAGUGUUGGCUUUCAUUUUUCGUUUGGCAUUUAUUCUCUGCGGCUUCUCUAGUGAGCAGAGCAGAGAGAAAGGGAGUUUUCCAGGUGGUGAAAUUAUUUUCUAAUCUUAAAAGGAUCAUUCUUUGACUUCAGAUACCUCCCUGAUUGUAAACAAAGAGGUCUAGCAUGCCAGGUGGACACAGAUUCGUUUAGGAAUAACUUGGGUUUGGAAAUUACAGGCCCUAGGCCCAUCUUUUUUUCUUUCCCUUUUAUGUACAUAGAAAUGUGUGUAUAGUUGGAGCUUCAAAAGUUGUAAAAGGGGCCAAGUGAUGAUUAAUGGGUCCUUCCGUGCACACAUUCGAGGACAGUGAUUGUGUUCAUUCUCCCAUUAUCCUUAUUUAGGGUUAAGCUAAACACUCUUGGCUAGUGUUGCAGAGAUAUUUUUGAGAUCCAGCCACACCUGUUUUUUUAAACAGAAUGUUUAAAAGGCUCUGUGGACAUGGGGCACGUAAUCUCCACCAUAAAAGGCCAAGGGAGAGGUGCUUUCUCUAAGCGUUCUUCGAGGGGAGAAGAAUAUCGACGCCCAUCUUCAGGGGACAGGUUUUGCCCCACCUGGGCUUGCGGGUUCCCCGACAACCUAUUUUUCCAGAAUUUUCCAUAUCGUGGUGCGAGUACAUUUCCCAGAAGCAUGAAAUUGACCUCUCCGAUUUUUGAAAAGCAUCUUUGAGCUGUAAGCUUGCGGUCAGACCCGGCGGCGGCUCCCCGAUCUUCUAGUGGUUGGGAAGCAGAGAUUUCUGGGGGCCUUCGUUAUGAUUACUGGAGGAGGUAGCGCUUUGGGAUAAAGACGUUUCUAGAGCAGCAUCCCCUUGGGGAUGGAUUCUUCGGAGAUUUCCAAAACCAGUCCGAUCUGUUUCCAGACUCUCAAAAGAAUGGGUGCAUUUUGACACACUUGACUCUUGUAAGUGCCAAUGAAAAUCACUAUGCAAAAACCCGUGGUUCUCGCAAAUCAAUUUCCGAGCGCGUACGUGUGCCGAAUUAUAUACGUGUCACCGUU